GCCUAGCUAUCAUUCACUGCACUGAUCUCCUCGAUUAAUUAUCCAUUCAUCAUCCAGUUGCUGCAACUUGCAUAUAUCUCUGCAAAGUGCACAGCUAAUCGUAUAAGCUUGAGCUUGAUUUCAUCUUGAUCAGUUCUUGUCUGAUAAUUAAUCAAACCAGCUUUAAUUUGCUGAAGAGAUAAAUUUCAGAGAGAUUUGAUUUUGUCUCUUGAGUGAGUUAAAGGAUGGGGUCUCUGAUGGCUGGCUGGGAUUCACCGGUUCUUGGAGAUGACAACAAAGUUCGUGCGAGGAGGAACAAGUCGCUGACGAGGGAGGAGGUGGAGGCGUUCUGGAAGCAGCAUGGCGGCGAGAUGACGACGAGCUCGCCGCUGGGAUACUCCCCCGCCGGCGCCAUGGCGUGGUCGGCCCCCGUGGGCCUCUCGAAGGCGCACGCGUCGUCGUCGCCUCGCGGCGGCGUGCCGGCGAUCCGCGUGGAGGGCUUCUUCCCCGACGACGACGGCGGCGACCUCGCCGCCGAGAGCCCCAGCAAGAGCCGCGACUGGUGGACGAGGAGCAACUGGGCGUUCCUGAACGAGCCGCCGCAGGAGGAGGUCACCGGCAAGCCGCAGAGCUACACGCCGCAGUUCCACGUCGCGCGGAUCGCCACCGGCAACGCAUGAACACCGGCGAGCGAAGCCCUCCUCCUCGACCAUGGCAUUUCUCAUACGCAUAAGCUAAUUAAUUAAUUAGUACGUGGGCGUGUGCUUGGCUUUGGUUUCGUGUGGUGUGUUGUGUUCAUGCGUAUACGUACGUAGGUAGGGCUAGAGAGAUGGCACUGGUAUUAAUUACAUUUGUGUAUAAUAGCUUAUUUAGACCUUAGUUUUGGUUCAUUUCUGCAUCAGUUUAAUUAUGUAUAUACAUGUAUAAAGUAUAUGUACAUAUACUGCUACGUAUACACGCACGUAUACGAUGCAGGUGUGUGCCGUUCAAGUAUUCAUGCGUGUACUAAAGCAGAAGCUAUGAAUGUGUAGCUGUACCAUCAGCAUGUAAAAAGAAGUAAAAAAGAAGCAUGAGUUGGUCUGAGUUUUUGGUA